AUGGAUAGGAGUUGGAUGUUAAUUUUUGAUAGAUUCAGUCAGCCAUUUGUAGAUGGGGUGAACUCAUUUAUUGAAUUUGCAAAGUUUCAUUUGGGUGAGGCUAGGGAGAUUAAGUGCCCAUGCAUCAAUUGUUGUAACUUUUAUAAGCAGGAGUAUGAUAUUGUGACGGCUCAUUUGCUCAUAAGUGGGAUGAUAGUAUCAUACACCACUUGGUUAGAACACGGUGAACUUCCAGAACACAAUAACCUUAAUGAAAGCAAUGUGAAGAAUGAUGAGGAUAAAGAUGAAUAUAAUAAACUGAUAGAGGACUAUCAAAGGGGGAAUUUUAUGGAGGGUGAUACUCUAGAAAGAGAGGAUGUACGACACUUUGAUAAAUUGUUAGAUGCUUCCCAAUGUUGCUUGUACCCAGGUUGCAAAAACUCAGAUACUUUGUUGUCAUUCGUUAUUCAGAUGCUACAUGUGAAGGUAGAAAAUAAGUGGAGCAAUAAGUCUUUUGACAAGGUUUUGGAGAUACAAAGGCGAUUCCUACUAGAAGGCCACGUGGUGCCAGGGUCAAUUUACGAGUGCAAGAAGUUACUACGUGACUUGGGCUUGGGGUACGAGCUCAUUGAUGCAUGUAAACAUAAUUGUGUACUAUUCUGGAAGGAGAAUGCUCACUUGGAAAAAUGUCCCACAUGUCAAGCAUCUAGGUACAGAGUAAAUGAUAGCAAGGGUAAGAAGAUCCCUCACAAGAUAUUGCGUUACUUCCCAUUGACACCUAGAUUGAGAAUAUUGUACAUGUCUAGGAAGACGGCAAAAGACAUGAGAUGGCAUAGUGAUAAGCCUGUUGAUGAUGGUGUAGGGAGGCAUCCGGCUGAUUGUAAAGAGUGGAAGGAAUUUUAUUUGCAUUAUCCAGAGUUUGCCCAGGAGACUCGCAAUGUUAGGUUGGGUCUAGCCACCGAUGGGUUCAAUCCUUUUGGGAACAUGAGCACUUCCUAUAGCAUGUGGCCUGUCAUACUCAUGCCCUAUAACCUCCCACCUUGGAGAUGUAUGAAGGCCCCAUUUUUCAUGAUGUCCUUACUUAUUCCUGGACCUAAUCAACCAGGGACUGAUAUUGAUGUCUACCUAAGGCCAUUGAUUGAUGAGUUGAAGGAGUUAUGGGAGAAUGGCGUGAUGACUUACGAUGCCUCCACUGAACAGACCUUCCGGAUGCAUGCAGCUGUAAUGUGGACCAUAAAUGACUUCCCUGCAUAUGGUGACUUAUCUGGAUGGAGAACUAAAGGUUAUUUGUCUUGCCCUCCUUGUAAUGAUAAUCCAUUGUCACGCGGGUUGAUCAGUAAGAUUGGGUGGGUGGGUCAUCGAGCUUACUUGCCUGAUAACCACCUUUGGAGGAAAGACAAGAAGUUUGAUGGUUUAACUGAGCUUAGAAAGAAAUCCUUGGAUUUACCGGUGGAAAAAGUAAUGGCUCAAUUGGAUCAAUUGCGGGAAGUCAAGUUUGGAAAGGAUCCUACCAACAAGAAAAGACCACGAGAGUCUGAAGAAUUGAAUUGGACAAAGAAAAGCAUAAUGUGGGAGCUACCGUAUUGGAAGAAAUUAAACCUCCGACACAAUCUUGAUGUCAUGCACAUUGAGAAGAAUAUUUGUGAAAACUUUUACGGGACGAUGUUGGCCAUAGAUGGGAAAAACAAGGACACGUACAAAGCACGUGAUGAUUUGCAAGAAAUGGGCAUAAGGCAAGAAUUGCAUCUACAGAGGAAAGAUAACGGAUCCGUUGUAAAGCCUCAGGCAGCCUACACAUUGGAUUCUCGACAAAUAGAUGGUUUUUGUGAAUUCUUGAAGUCUAUUAGUUAUCCAGAUGGCUAUGCAGCUGUAGACGUCCCCGGACGCCCCGGGAGGACGAGUCCCAUUCUACCUCGUUCUGUUCGUUUAUGGGUCUACUACAGUUGCUUCUCUAAGUGUUGUGGAACACUACCGGCUGAGUGA